AUGGAAGGAAUCACUAAAGAAAGCAAAAAGCCACUAACUAAACGACAACGUGUAGCACAAGAAAUUUUAACUACAGAAGUUAGUUAUGUCAAGUCUUUGGAAGAUUGUGAGAAGUAUUAUCACGAAGUGCUUAAGCAAUCAAAAAUAGCAAAACAAGAAGAGGUUGAUGAUGUUUUUAGAGACUUUGAUCAAAUUAUUGCAGUAAAUGAACAACUUAAGAAAACAUUAAUGACUGAGGAUGAAAAUGAAGAUUUAGAAGACGUUAUUGUAGUUAAGUUUAAGACAAUAGUCCCUUUCUUAAAAGCAUAUAAACAAUUCGUUAGUUAUAAUGAAAAAGCAUUUAAUAUUAUUGCUGACUGGGAAGAUAAUAAAGCUAUGAAUGAAUUACUUGAACAAUGUAGAGAAAGUUUACCUGGGGAUAUUAAACAUGACUUACGUUCAUUUUUAAUUAUGCCAGUUCAAAGACUACCUAGAUAUGUAUUAUUAUUAAAAGAGCUUCAAAAAAAUACUCCAAAAGACCACAAAGAUUAUGAUAUUCUUAAUGAAACAUUAACUAAAAUGGAAGAAGUAACUAAGGAUGUAAAUGAGUCUAUUAAAGAAUCAGAACGAAGAUUAGCAUUAUUUAGAAUGAAGAAGGUUUUAACAAAUUACUCUGCUUUUAAUGAAAGCGUUGCUAAAAAAGGAGAAAAAUAUGAGAAAGAUAUUGUUCAAGCUCAUAGAUUUUUUGUGCAAGAAGGUGAAUUAACAAAAGUAUGUCGUAAAGCAAACAAGGAGAGAUAUUUUGUAUUAUUUAAUGAUAUUCUUAUAUAUGGAGAAGGAAAUGAACAUUCUGUACAAAUUAGUGAAGUAUUUAAAAUGAAAUCAACAAUUAUUAAAGAUAAUAAAGACACAGACAAAAUUCAAAAUGCAUUUCAGAUAAUGAAUUCAGAACGUAGUUUUGUUGUAUUUGCUAAAAGUAAAGAAGAAAAAGAAUUAUGGUUUAAAAAUAUUAGUGAACAAAUAAAAAAUGCUAAAGAAACAAUAGGAGAUAAGGGUCAAGAUGAAUUUAUUCGUCCUGUUUUUGUUCCUGAUAGUGACUCACCUGAAUGUGCAUUAUGUAAAGUUAAAUUUACUUUUGUUAAUAGAAGACAUCAUUGUAGAAAGUGUGGUAAAUGUAUUUGUGGAGAAUGUAGUAAAGGAAGAAUUCCAAUAACACCUCAGAGUACUGUUUUAGAACGUGUUUGUAAAGUGUGUUUUAAUGAAUAUUCUUUAAAUCAUCCUGACGACAGACGAUUAAGCAAAGUUUCUAGUUCGAAGAAAUUAGUGAAGGAAAAAGAAAAGAAGAAUGAAAAUUUUGAAAUGUCUGAGGCAAAAGGUUGUACCAAAGAAGAGUUUAAAAUUGAAGGUACAAAUGAUAUAAUAAGAGAUAAUGAAGAAGUAAAGGCAGAAAGUACUGCUUUAAAAGAAAGUAAAGAUACUGAAGAAAAUAAUGUCAUGUCAUCUAUUAAUGUAGCUAAUAACAGAGCUUCUAAAUGGGUACUAGGAUCAAGAAGUACAGUUGGAGAUAAACAACAAAUACCAAUAACAAAGCCACGAGUUUCUACUACUUCAAGCGGAAAUAAAAGUGUAUUUUUUAAGAAAACAGGACAUAACCCAGCAUUAGUACAAAAUUUCACUUCAGAGCUUUAA